UUUAUAUUUAAUGAAAAAAAAUUCCUAUUUCUAGGUUACUGGUUGGUUCACCUUGGAGUGGUUUUCCUGAGAACCGAAUGGGAGACGUGUAUAAAUGUCCUGUUGAUCUGUCCACUGCUACAUGUGAAAAACUGAAUCUGCAAACUGCCACAAGCAUUCCCAAUGUUACCGAAAUGAAAACCAACAUGAGCCUUGGCUUGACACUCACAAGGAACGUAGGAACCGGAGGAUUUCUCACGUGUGGUCCCCUGUGGGCACAGCAAUGCGGAAGCCAGUAUUAUGCAACUGGUGUUUGUUCUGAUAUCAGUCCCAAUUUUCAGCUCUUGGCCAGCUUUGCACCUGCUGUUCAGACCUGCCCUUCCCUCAUAGAUGUUGUGGUUGUAUGUGAUGAGUCAAACAGUAUUUAUCCCUGGGAUGCAGUAAAGAAUUUUUUGGAAAAAUUUGUCCAAGGCCUGGAUAUAGGCCCCACAAAGACACAGGUGGGGUUAAUUCAGUAUGCCAACAUACCAAGAGUUGUAUUUAACCUGAACACUUUCAAAACCAAAGCUGCAAUGAUUGAAGCAACAUCCCGGACAUACCAAUUUGGUGGAGAUCUCACAAAUACAUUCAAAGCAAUUCAAUAUGCAAAAGAUUUUGCGUAUGCAGCAGCUGCUGGAGGACGACCAGGUGCUACCAAAGUAAUGGUGGUUGUAACUGAUGGUGAAUCACAUGAUGGUUCAAUGCUGAAGGCCGUGAUUGAUGAAUGCAACAAUGACAAUAUACUGAGGUUUGGCAUAGCAGUUCUUGGGUACUUAAACAGAAAUGCCCUUGACACCAAAAAUUUAAUAAAAGAAAUUAAAGCAAUUGCCAGUAUUCCAACAGAAAGAUAUUUUUUCAACGUGUCUGAUGAAGCAGCUCUACUAGAAAAGGCUGGGACACUAGGAGAACAAAUUUUUAGCAUUGAAGGUACUAUUCAAGGAGGGGACAACUUCCAGAUGGAAAUGUCACAAGUGGGAUUCAGCGCAGAUUACUCUCCUCAAAAGGAUAUUCUGAUGCUGGGUGCAGUAGGAGCUUAUGGCUGGAGUGGUACUGUGGUCCAGCAGACAUCUCGUGGACAUAUGAUCUUUCCUAAACAAGCCUUUGACCAAAUUCUGCAAGAUAAAAAUCACAGUUCAUAUUUAGGUUACUCUGUGGCUGCGAUUUCUACCGGAAAAGACGUUCACUUUGUUGCUGGUGCUCCUCGGGCAAAUUACACUGGCCAGAUAGUGCUAUACAGUGUUGACGAGAAUGGCAAUGUCACCGUUAUUCAGGCUCACCGAGGUGACCAGAUUGGCUCCUAUUUUGGUAGCGUGCUGUGUUCAGUUGAUGUGAAUAAAGACACCAUUACAGAUGUACUCUUGGUGGGUGCACCGAUGUACAUGAAUGACUUAAAGAAAGAGGAAGGAAGAGUCUACCUGUUUACUAUCACAAAG